GAAGUUUUUCAUUAUGGCGCCAAUGAUGGAUUUAUGCAAAAAAAGACAGUUAAUAUUUCUUUUCUUCUUUUCUUCUUUUCUUUCUUUAUUAUAUAAUUAUAGGAUGAUAAUUAGUAAUCCAGUCCUGAUAGAGUCCAGCAAUACGUUGCUUAUGGAUAAACCACACUUGAAGGAAGAUGAUGAAGAGGAUGCCAGAUCAUCAACCAUUGCUCGUAGUAGCUCAACUCAAAGAGUCAACAGGUCACUCUUACCUUCACUAUCAUUGUCAAAGAAAAGAUUUAAAUCAUUCAUUCAGCAUCCAAGGCGUAAACAGCCGAAUGAGCCAAUUAUACACUAUAAUGGUCCUUGCGAGACAUUGGAUCAGCUACCCGAGGAUAAAUAUGAAUGGAUCGUAUCUGAAUCAGUCGAGAUGGGUAGGACCAACCCGUUGGCAAACUACCCUAGAUCUAUUGUGCUUCGUAAACCUCAUUACGUGAAUGCGGUUAAUUAUCUCAGUCACCGUCAAAAGCCUAAAGCGAAGGGAAGCUUUUAUAUAAGAGUUUUGGAAUUGAGCAAUUCUUACACAUCAAAGCCAUGCUAUAUUAAACCAAAAAUCACAAUGGAUGAUGAAGCAUUCUAUGGUUCUUAUAUCCAAAGUCAAAAGUGUGGCAAGGUCGGGACUAAAGCGACACUGGAUGAGACUUAUAUCAUCGAUCUCUACAAGGAAUCACAGAUUACACUCUCAAUCACUUCAAGGACAAAAUCUAUCCUAGGAUCCAUCAGUUCACAUUUUAAAAAACCAGAGAUUUGCCUUGGAUCGUUUGAUUUUCAUGUCGGUUUAAAUCCAAAGGAAAAGAAAAUUGAGCGAAUUAUGUUGAAGAAUAAUGAAACUGAUGACGGUCAAUAUCAAGUUCUUGUUGUUUAUGGAACCUUUAUCAGUCCGAAUGUUAUGACCUUAUUAGAUGAUAGCCAACUGUAUGAAGGGUAUAUUACAGUUUACACAAAAGGAAAGAUCAUUCCAAGAUGGACUCGCUACUGGGCUAGACUAACUCCUUCUUGCUUUAUGUUGUAUGAUUUUGAGUACAAAGAGAGACGAAAGCCUGUUUGUGAAAUCUCUCUCAGUUCUAUACAAAGUGUAUUCCAUCCACCUGUUGACGAUGAUGAGCGUCUUGUUGAUGUUGGAUCCCUUGGUCUUGCCUUGCAGUUUAAUGAACAUGUGUUGGAUGAAAGUGAAGUUGUUAGUGACGUGCUUGAAUAUAGAAUGUAUAUUUUGCCUGAUAAUGCAAAAAGCUCAAAGGAAUGGGAAGAUGCAUUCACAGCUAUAGCUGGGUUGAUAAAAGAGUAUAGAUAUGAUGACUGCUUCAAUGCUACUCGAUUCGAUCGACACGACAAGGCAAUGUUUAUCCCUACGAAAUUUUUGUGGUAAAACGAAAAGAAAAAAAAAAUAGUCAAAUAAAAAUCAUGAUUGUUUUCUUCUGUUCAUCCUUCAAG